AUGCUUCACGUGUGCUCGGUGUCUGGAAAGACGCUGCACAGCUGGGACGCAGAGGAGGUGGAAGGACGAUCCGUGAAAUGCCUCAAGAGGCAGUUGGCCCAGCAGAUUGGAGUCUCGCGAUUCCGGCAGAGGUGGCUUCGUGAGGAUCACAUCUUGCAUGACGAGGAGGUGAUGGAGCUACACUUUCUGCAGGAUGCCAAGUCUGCUUCAACCAUACAGCUGGUGAUUCUGACCCUUUGCCCGCCAGAAGAUUGGCAAACCAAGAAGCUGGUUUCGGCCUGCAUGGAGAAUAACUUGAACGAACUGGAAGCUCUGCUGCAGCAGCCACUCAAUCCGGAAGCCACUGAUCAAGACGGUCAGACGGCUUUGCAGAUCGCUGUGACGGCUGGCCAUUCCGAUUGCCUCAAAAUGUUGCUUGAAGCUGAUGCGGAGAUGGACAUCGAAGACCUCUUCAGCUCUACGCCUUUGCAUGAAGCAGCUGAGAAUGGUCACUCAGAGGUUCUGCAGCUCUUGUUGAAGGCCGGGGCUAACACAGACAAAGUAACAUGUUGCGAUGAGACAGCCAUGCACCUGGCAGCUGAGAAGGGGCACUUAGAAGUAGUGCAGCUAUUGCUUGAGGCUGGCGCCCAAACCAACCAGGUUUCAGCAGAUGGCGCAAAUGUACUGCAUGUUGCCGCUGGCAAAGGACACUUAAAGGUGGUGGAACUGUUGCUUAAUUCUGGGGCUGACAAAAAUGCAGCCACUACCACGACUGGUAAAACAGCAUUACACUUGGCUGCGUCCAAGGACCACUUGCAAGUUGUGCAGGUUUUGCUCCAAAACAGUGUUGAUAAAGACAUGGUUACAAUACAUGGGGAAACAGCAUUGCAUUUGGCUGUUGAGAAUGGCCACUUGGACGUGGUACACCUCCUGCUGAACUCUGGUGCUGACAAAGACAAGGUCACCCACCACGGGGCUACGGCCUUGCAUUUGGCUGCUCGCAGCAGGAACCCCGAGUUGGUCCGGCUGGUCUUGGAAGCUGGCGCCGACCAAGACAAGGCUCCUCUCGGCAGCAAGGUGAAGCACGACUUCAGCCCGUGGGGCACGACUUCAGGUGGUACAUGA